AAAUCUAAUAGUUGAAUGCUAUUGGCUACCUUAUCCACCCAAGAGACUCUUGGCUUCUCAUUUUUCACAAUAUUAUCUUCUCUCCUCUCAUCAAAUAAGCAAAUUUGCUCAUCAUUUCAUUACAGAGAAACAAACCAAACCAGAAAAAAAAACAUGGCAACUCAAGCUGCCGGUCUCUUUAACUUCGCCAUAACAACCACCGGCGGAAAAAAACUCAACCUUUUCACUACAACCAACCGUCCAAGAUCCCUCUCCUUCACCAAAACCGCCAUCCGCGCCGAGAAAGCAGAUGCCGCCGCCGCCGCUCCAGCCGCCGCCGUGAAAGAAGAAGCUCCGGUGGGAUUCACCCCGCCGCAGCUAGACCCAAACACGCCGUCACCGAUCUUCGCGGGAAGCACCGGCGGUCUUCUCCGCAAGGCCCAGGUGGAAGAGUUCUACGUUAUUACAUGGAACUCACCCAAGGAACAGAUCUUUGAGAUGCCGACAGGAGGUGCGGCGAUCAUGAGGGAAGGUCCGAACUUGCUGAAGCUGGCGAGGAAAGAGCAGUGUUUGGCUUUGGGGACAAGGCUUAGGUCCAAGUACAAGAUCAACUACCAGUUUUACAGGGUGUUCCCUAAUGGUGAGGUUCAGUAUCUUCACCCGAAAGAUGGGGUUUAUCCGGAGAAGGCGAAUGCGGGAAGAGAAGGUGUUGGUCAGAACAUGAGAUCUAUUGGGAAAAAUGUUAGCCCCAUUGAAGUUAAGUUUACUGGUAAACAGAGUUAUGAUUUGUAAGAUGUGAAGAUAAAAGCUAUGUGAAAAAACAAAACAAAAAUAUCAUGUGGAAUGAUGACUAUGUUUGAUGAUAAUUUUAAUGGCGUUUAUUUUAAUAAUUAUUCUCGGAUUAUAUUUUGUUGCUGUUAUAUGAAUCUUGUUGUGGUCAUUCUUAGUAAAGUUUAUAUGAAGACAA